AGAGGGGGAAAGACAGAGACACGCGGGAGGAGACAGAACAGUGGAGAACAUUCACAACACAGGAGCAACUGCUGGGUACACGGGGGACUCCGUCGUGGGUUGUCCGUGGACCGUGGUGGGCUGCUUUCCUCCGGUCCGCUCCCCAGAAUGUUCGCUUCUCCCGGUCCAUUUCUGCCGUUCACGAAGCAGUCGCCGCCGCGGCGUCCCCACGGACACUGAAGCCCAGAUGCUCACCCUCUCCGGCGACAUGGACGAGUCUUCGUCGCUGCUGGAUCUGCUGGAGUGCUCGGUGUGCCUGGAGCGCCUGGACACCACGGCCAAGGUGCUGCCGUGCCAGCACACCUUCUGCCGCCGCUGCCUGGAGAACAUCGUCAGCUCGCGGAACGAGCUCCGCUGCCCGGAGUGCCGCAUCCUGGUGGACUGCGGGGUGGACGACCUGCCCGCUAACAUCCUCCUGGUUCGCCUCCUGGACGGUAUCAAGCAGCGGCCCCAGCAGCGAGGAGGAGGCGGAGGCGGCGGCAGGCAGUCCGUGGCCGGCGGCUCGCUGCACGGAUAUGCAGCCGGGUUGUCCGCGUCUCCCCCGGGCAGUGCGAUCAGAGAGCUGCCGGUGGCCACCAGGAGCUCCCCUGUUAAGAACAUCCCAGCGCUGCCGUGCGGUAAAGCCCUCUACUCGUACGAGGGAAAGGAGCCGGGCGACCUCCAGUUCUCCAAGGGCGACAUCAUCAUCCUGCGACGCAAGGUCGACGACAACUGGUACCACGGCGAGCUCAAUGGUUGCCAUGGAUUCUUGCCUGCGAGUUACAUCCAGUUGCUGCGUCCCCUGAGCCAGACCCCUCCCCAAGGCAAAGCACUGUACGACUUUGAGGUCAAAGACAAAGACCAGGACAAGGACUGUCUCGCCUUCAGCAAGGAUGAGGUUCUGACAGUCAUCAGGCGAGUGGACGAGAACUGGGCCGAGGGUAUGCUGGGAGACAAGAUUGGCAUCUUCCCUAUUCUCUAUGUGGAGUUAAAUGAAACGGCCAAGCAGUUAAUGGAGAUUGACAAACCUCAGCCAACAAACGUUCCAGGUCCGAGUUCUGAACCAGUCCCGUUGGGCCCCUGCGCUCCGGGCCCCUCCCCGAGUGCCUCCCCCUCGAAUGGGAACGGCUCCAGCCAUCGGCGAGGCGAAGGGAAGAAAAACGCCAAGAAGCGACAUUCGUUUUCAGCGCUGUCCGUCAGCCAGAGGGCAGCCCAGUUCAACAACAGGCACAGCAUGGAGAUCUCCCACCCUGUGCUCAUCAGUUCCUCGGACCCCAGAGCUGCUGCACGCAUCCAAGACGUGUCUCCCCCAGGUCCCUCGCCCUCUACGGCAGGGGUGUUGGUGCCCCCCAAAGUGGCAUCAAUAACCUCUGAGCUGCUGGCCCAUGCCAAGGUGCAGCUGCCACUCAACAUAUAUUUGGCUCUAUAUGCCUACAAGCCCCAAAAGGCUGACGAGCUUGAACUAAGGAAAGGAGAGAUGUAUCGGGUGACAGAGAAGUGUCAGGACGGAUGGUUUAAAGGCACCUCACUGAGAACAGCUGCCUCUGGUGUCUUCCCAGGAAACUACGUCACCCCUGUGUCCAGGGCUCCGUUUGGAGUGGGUGCUCGCGGCUCAUGUCUGUCCAGUCCAGUCGGAGGAGGAGGAGGUGGUGUUGGAAGUGGGUGUGGUCAGGUGGGAAGUAAAAUCUCUGACCCGUCCUCCCCGGGGUCCCCGGGGCCCUCUUCGCCCCGUCCCUCCACCCCGCUGAUAAACUCUGCCAACUCCGGUCACGCCAUCAGUCCCGCCUCAUCGCCGCAGACUGCCGCCGCCCAGCUGAAGAACUGUCUGCGCUCCAGCCAGCAUUCGGUGAACCAGGCUCGCACCUCAGUGCAGCUGGUGCACAGUCCCACAGCCGGAAGCCCAGAACGUUCCACGGUGGCCAUUUCUCCCCUGCGUUCUCAGAGCUCCUCCCCUUCACGUUGCCCCGGCCAGUCGGGUCGUCCUCUCUCCAUGGUGUCUCCGGGUCCCAGUUUAGGGCCCUCUCCCCUGUCUUCGCCGGCCUCGCGUCCCCUCCUCCCGCUCUCGUCCCCGCUCUCGUGUCUCACACCUCCCAACGUGUCAGCGGUGCUCCUCAAUGGCGAGCCGGCCAGUCCACUGCAGCCACCUUUACCGGGCCCCUCCCACGCACCCACCAUCGCGCCAAAAGUGGAGAAGAAGGAGAGGAAAGCGGGAGGUUUGUUGAAGCUCUUGUCUGGUGCAGCGGCCAAGAAGAAAUCCCGCUCACCUCCCUCCUCCCCACCGACCCACAACACCCCCACAGACCCCGCGCAUCAUCCUCACCACCACCACCACCACGCCCGAUCAGGUUCCUGCCCGCUGGUGUCGGCCGGGCGGGCCGGCUCCUGCCCGAUUGAGAGCGAGAUGGGCGGGGCCAUAGGGCUGGAGCCACUACACAGGAAGUCCGGGUCCCUCGAUACAAACUUCCCCAUGUCUCCCCCGGCAACACGGGCUGGCAACCCUCUGAUGGUCCUGCGUCCUGAACCAAAACCCCUGUCCAGAGAGAGGUACCGCGUGGUGGUGCCCUACCCCCCGCAGAGCGAGGCGGAGAUCGAGCUGCGCGAGGGAGACGUGGUGUUUGUCCAUAAGAAGCGGGAGGACGGUUGGUUCAAAGGCACCUUACAGAGGACGGGACAGACGGGCCUGUUCCCCAGCAGCUUCGUCGAGAGCUUCUAAAACUGAGAAAGAAAGAAAAAAGAGGACGGAAGAUGAAGAAGAACGCACACAC